CUGUAAGCGGCUUUUAAAAUCUUACUGCUUGAAUAGCACAAUUGUGGGGCUGAAGUAUUUUUAUUUGUAUCCGGAUAUCUUAUCAAGGUAUCUAUUUAGAAUUUUCUUGGUUUACUUACAAAUAAAGGGCCUCCCAACACCGCUUAAAGAAAUGAUAUCGCAGUUGUGGCUGAGAGACGCCACUCCAUGCCGUACUUGCAGCCGUGUUGAAAAAACGUCAACUAAUCUUCUCCCAAUUAAUUCUAUUGCAAUUUUUGUAUUUUUAUAGCGAGUGCGAAUUUCAUACGCAACAUCUAAUACACCUAAGCUGGAUCGGCGAUGCUAUUCUCGACCAACUUCAAAAAGGAGGAAGUUCUCAAUUCGUCAUUUUUUUUAACCACAGGACUUCGAAAUGGAUGAACCAUUUUUGUUGACAUUUUUUUUUCAUUUAACGUAAAAUACUUAGUCAUUUUGACCCAUAUACAUUUCAUUAAAUUUAGCUUAGUUGUUGUUAUUUUAUCAGCUGAUUGAUUUUGUCUACUAUACUUAAAAAACUGUUUACACUUCUGACGAGUUUCAUCUGUCAAACAAACUUAAACUGUAAUAAAAAUUUCCCAUCCACACAGAUGCUUCUGGGCGGCAAACUUGAUCACAGUUCUCUCGAUGUCUUUCCUACUGACCCAGCUUCUGUACAACCGUUUCGAGGAGAUGCCGACACGCGUCACGAUCGAGAGCCAGUUCGAGUCCCUGAUCGACCUCCCGUACCCCUCUAUAACUCUGUGCUCCCCAAACCAGAUGACUAUCACCGCUAUGAAGUAUUUUAACAGAAGUCUUGUCGACGGCGACCUAACAAUUGACUUAAAAGCAACAUUGCCAAUGUUAUUAGCCUUUUAUGAGAUCAUGAACGAUUUGGAUACCAAGAGCUUGAAGCAUCUACAGGAUCUUCUAGAAGUUAAUCGAUACACCGUGCCAGAAGUGCUAGCCACCUUGCCGCAGAAUUGCGACGACUUCCUAAAGCGUUGCUAUCUGGAGGGUAAACUCUAUUCGAAGUGUUCAGCCCUCUUCAAGCCUAUUCUCACAACGCAUGGCUUUUGCUGUACGUUUAAUAAUGUGUAUUACUUCAAUGGCAAAAGAAACACAGUUAGCAAUAAGUUACCUAACUUCACUAUAAAUGCUAUUGGUGUGUUCAACGCCCUGACAGUUGUCACGGAUUAUGACCCAGCAGAUGCCAUAGAGGGCACUCUUCUAAACGGAGGAGCUAUCCGGGUAAGUAAGGUGAUGUACACUGACUGGACCGAGUUCCCGGCGGACGACGAGACCAGCAUCGUGGACCCCAACGGCGAGUCCUACCAUAUACUGCAUAUUACGUACACUUACUGCUCGGACGAAGUGCAGACACUGCCCGUUUGGAGUCGCAACUGUUACUUCGAGGACGAGCACCACCUCCCCCACUUCAGGAAGUACCACAACUCUGACUGCGACCACACGUGCUACCUGAAGGCCGUGCGCCAGGCUUGCGGCUGCUACCUCUCCUUCGUGCCCAACCUACGGACUGAUACUGGCUGCAGGAUUACAAGCAUACCCUGUAUUAUUAAUGUUAGAAAGGAGAUGUACAACUGGCUAUCAGCUCAGGAGUGCGAGUGCCCCCGGGACUGCGUGUCGCGCCGCUACCGGGCUGAGGUCAUCAUGGGGAACUUCAACGCUGUACCGUACAUGCUUAGGAACCCAUACGCUGGUUUGGAAUUGAACACGAGUACAAGUGUGAUGCAUUUCUUCUUCUCCACGCCGGUGUACACCAAGCUAAAGCAGGAGACUGUGAUGUCCAUCAUCAGUUUAGUAUCAAACCUGGGCGGUGUAUUCGGUCUGUUCAUGGGUUGCAGUUGUAUGAGCGUGCUGGAGGUGUUGUUCUAUAUCUACCUGGCUAUUAAGAACAGGCUGAAACGUAGACAAUUGAGGCGACGGAUUCGACAUUCGACUUGAUACUUUUAGGGAAGUUUACCUUAAGUCAAUCUUUAGCUUCGUUUGAUUUUAUAUUAGGCUGCUAAAAGUAUGUACUUCUCCAAUCCAUUUAGCUGUCGCUUUAUAACACAGAAUUAUGAUACCCAAAUUUCUUUACAUGAAAACUGUUUCAGGAGUGAUCUUUCAGGGUCUAAUUAAUCAUUUUCGGCAUUAAAUACUUACAAUAUACCGAAACACUUUGUACCUGAACAAGGUGCAAAAUAAUAAGUAUUAUGAUGGACUAACCACGCCCACUUUUAAUUCAGACAGCUGUUUUGUAAAUGUACCCACUAUUAAACAACAGUAUCCCACAUUUUUCCCCAUUCAGAUAAGACAGACAGACAAUUAUUGCACAAAAUCUUGCUUUGUUCGCGAUAGGUAUUUAAAAUAAUACUUAGUACAUUAGUACACUAUUUUAAAUAAUGUUUAGUCAAUAAAUAAUGUUGUUUCUGUUUGAUGACUCAGUGGUCUUGUCAAUAGUGUGGGUAGCUGAUGAGUGGAAACUAAAUAAAGGACAAGGGCAUGAUUUAUGGCAACUAUAAUUGUUAUAAUUAUUUAUUUUUAGAGCUAUGAUCAAUUCAUUGAAGUUUAUUCAUCAACAUACUAGUAAUUUUGCAGGAAUGCUUUAGGAAAGGUGUCGACAAUAAAAAACAAUGUUCAGGUGUAUGUAAACAAAUUUAUAUUUUCUGAUUUACAUAUAUAUUUUACUA